ACGAAUACAAGUUCGAUCCCAGAAACUCCCGCUGAAACGGACGGUCCAUAAAGCACUCGUUUUCAUUGUGCUUUUAUCUUAGCAAAAAACGGCACCAUGGCGAAUGAACAAGCCUUGACCGAUCAGGAGCUGUAUCGCCAGCUCACCCGUGAAAUCAUGGACGAGCAGGACCUGCAACAAUCGCGUGGCAUCUCCACACCGGGACUACCUCGGGCGGAGGUUACGAAUACCGGGAACCCCCGUCUUUUUGCGGAAGGAGAAUCGUUUCGUGCCAGCGGUAUAUCCCCUGCAAGACGUAUUUUGUUGGCUCGACGCUCGGCAGGAAAUUCCCAAACAUCUCGUGCAGCAAAUGGAAUACAAAGAUUCAAAAUGAAGGGAAAGCGGAAUGCUUCUCACGAUUUCCACUCGCAGUCCAGGCAGCAAAUCCUUCUGAAGCAAAAUGCUUUUCCACGAAGACUGGAGAAUUGCUCCGAUGGGAGUCCGCUUCCAUCCGGGUCGAAUCGUUGUGUUUCCCAAACAUCGACUUCGUCUUCUCUUCCGUCGCGCUCGAUGAUGUAUAUGCCGACGAUUGUUCCCCCGUCCGCGAUGGAUACACUUCCGGGGCGUCCCGCAACAUUUGUCAAAAAUGUGUCGCCUGAUUUACUUCCGGGACGCCCCGCAUCGUUUGCCCGGCCUUUGCCACCUGGGAGCCGCGUGGCUUUGGCUGCUGCUGCGGCUUUACCCCCUGGUAUGUACCGUCAGCUCACAGCAGCUCCGGCCGUUGUUGCCGUCGGUCACGAGCAGAAACAAUCACACGUCCCAGAACUCAAGAAGAGUGCCUUGACUCGGAAGACUACUUUGGGUCAAGAUAAUGUUAGCAGCAUAGAUGAGCUACAGGAAAGCUUCCCCCAAAAGCUAUAUCGUCUGCUGAUGGAAACAGAGGAAGCUGGAAUGGCGGACAUCAUCUCCUUUAUGCCGUCUGGUAAAACGUUUAGUAUUCACAAGCCCGACCAGUUUAUGAAAAUGAUUGUGCCGCACUUUUUCCAGCAUUCCAGGCUCAGCUCUUUUACACGGCAACUGCAACUCUACCAAUUUCGCAGGAUUGUGGAAGGAACUUCGGUGGACUGCUAUUUCAACGCCAAUUUUUCCAAGGGAAAGCCUAACCUUCUACAAAAGGUUCAACGCACCAAGCGAUUGUCCAAAGGAAAGGUGAUCACACCCGCGGUUGUGUGUGAGUCGGUCGAUGACCAAGCAGACCCAAUUGCUGCUCAAACGGAAGAUUCCUGCUCCCGAGAUAGUGAAUGAGUCUCCCUGAUGACGCCCAUUAUGGCUUGAGUAGUGUCUAUAUCGUGUUUAUGUACCGGCCACGUCGGUUUUGAUGAUUUUGUAAUACGUUAGACUUUGUCCAAUGCUCUCUGAUUCAGAAUAUCUAGAGUCUUUUUAGCCUUAUGGUUGUCGUG